AAUCUUAGCUUCAAAGACGGGGCGCGCUCCUUCCCAACACAGUGUACGACUGAUAAGCAGAGUGAUAUUGCACAACUAAGCCACAGAACACCUAUACAGACUACGCCACAGGUGGAGAUAAGCGAGACGACUUCGUGGACGCGCGAUCGAAACAGCUGCGCCGGUCCAGCAAUGAGCUCCAAACGAUCAUGGCAAAAUGCGACGAGGAGAUUGACGAAUGAAAACAGACUACUAAAGCCGUCCCCGGCAACGCGCUUGAUGAGGACAAGGACAAAGCAAUCGUAGCCGUCAUUCUUGAAUGUGCGGGACGUCGCGCUGAGAAUGGCCGACCAGGAAGCGCAGCAACUCGUGAAAAUCGCUCAAGAUAUGCGCGCCAGGUCUUACUGCAACUACAGCAAGGUUCGUGUUGGCGCGGCUCUGUUGUGUGGUGAUGGGACAAUCAUUACAGGAUGCAACGUGGAGAAUGCUAGCUAUGGGCUGACUAUAUGUGCAGAAAGAACUGCACUAGUAAAAGCUGUGUCAGAAGGCCACAGGAACUUCAAGGCGAUAGCUAUUGCAUCAAACAUGAAUGACCUGACAAUGCCGUGUGGAGCAUGCCGACAGUUUAUAAUAGAGUUCGGCAAAGACAUUGUAAUAUAUGCUGCUGCUGCUGAUGGGAGGGUAUUGACAAAGAGAGCUGAUGAACUGCUCCCCUUGUCGUUUGGAGCAUCGGACUUGCCUUCAAAGUGACCUUUUGAACAGUAUUCCAUGAAUUUUGAAGCAUCAUUGUUGUGUAACUUGUUAUGAAAAUAAAAGUUAACUGUUCAUAGAACAUGUACAUAUUUGAAAAUGUUUCAUUAAAGAAGCUAUACAUGU